AUGAGCGAACAAUCCAAGGGUGCGGCAGCCUUUGACGGCUUACCGCAGUCUGUCAGCGAGCUUACGGCCCUCCCCUGGUGUCACACCCUCCUGUCCGCUCCCAACACCAUAACAUUCAUCCCCCCUGCCCGCGAUCCAGAGAACGCCAACCCUCACGAUAGAUUCUUUGGCAGAACAAUAAACAGUUCAUCCGGCAUACCUGCCUGUAUUUGUUUCUAUAAGGAGGCACCCGGCAGAUCAGUCAUCAACGAAGUCUCAGUCCUCUUCGCACUCUCUCAAGGAGUUGAUGGUUACCCCCACAUUGCCCACGGCGGCCUCGUGGCAGUACUCAUCGACGAAGUACUUGGCAUUUUGAUCCAACGAAACAUGAACACCGACAGGGACAGUCCGGUUUUCUCCAUGAACACCGUGACUGCCUCAAUGAACAUCAAGUACCUCAAACCAGUCGCGACACCAGACGUCGUCCUUGGUGUGGGCCGAAUCAAGGAGAUCAAAGGGAAACGGCUACUUCUAAGUGCUGUGAUCAAAGACGCGUCCGGGACGGAGCUUGCGACAUGUGAAUCGCUCUGGAUUGCCAUUCCGAGGCAGAAGAUAUAG